GCAACAAGCAGUGCAGUAAUGCGAAACAACCUGUGCAGCAGGAUUGCCCUGCACACCACUUUCCAUACGGUUGGGACUUUUGGGCACUUGAGUAAACGCUUUAGUUCCGAUGCCGGGUUUCCCAUUCCGUGCGAGGCAAACCCGUUGUGACCAGCUGGUGUCCCGAUGGUUGGAUGGUUGUUAUUAGUUUGUCCAAAGCCACCGUCACGGAAGGUUGGCAACAACGGUCGAGAGCUCGCUUCCUUCCUUCGAUAAGAACGUACGGCAUAUAUAGCAAUUGUGUUUGUGCUCGUUGGUGGUAAGAACCGAAGGAAAGUCCUUUCGAAGAAGUUCCGAGACGGAUGCGAAAAAGCGAAAUUGAACACUCAAAGCGAUUCAUUUGAUUAGGUCGCUCCGGUUAGUUUGACUUAAUCUGCGAGCACCCCGUGUGCAUAAUGUGUACGUGCCAGACGGCCGUGUUGGCAGCGUGAAUUAAUCUGUGACUGUUUGCGUGUAGUGAAGUUGUUAUCUGGUUUGUGGUUCUAAGGACUACUCAAGCGCUGUCGGGAAGUGGGCAAACAAAAAAACAAAAAGGAAAGCCGCCACAUCCAAACUCUUGGGCAGUUAGUUCGGUGAAGCACGCUAGACAUCGGAGUGUCUAUAAGGAGAAAACGCAGAAGGAUACCCAACAAAAAAAAGCAUUCCCAAACAAUGAGGAACACAAUGGUAAAACUCCUCUGUCUGCUCGGUGUUGGAUGUUUCCUGCUGGGCGUCACGCUGGCAACCGAAACUAAUAAGCAUCAGGCGCAGAAACACAUCCUUACGCACCAAUCGUUGAGGAGCAAGCGUGGCUUGUUGUCCGCUCUGUUCGGUACCGGUGAGGAGCAGACCACACCGCCACCGGCGGAAGUGUUGCCCGUGUACGGCGAUCCUGCCCAGCCUCCACUGCACAUGCUGUACGGCCACUCGACGGGGCUACAGGGACCUUAUCCACCAUAUCCGGUGAUGUUUCUUCCAGGCGGACCGGCACUCGGUGAGCAGGGUCCGUACCUUCCGAUGCUAGCAUACGGUGGUGUUCCUUCGGGCUCGCUACAACCGGUCGCAGGAGACAACAAUCAUCUUCCAACGGUUAUCGGUUGGCCCGAACCGACAGCCUUCGCACCACUGGCCCCAGCAACGGAAGCAACGGUUCCGUCCAGUCAACAAACCACCACCCCUAAGACAUCGACGUCAAGUGCUAAAAAACAGAACGCACCACAACCCCCGCCGGUCGAUCAAAGUGCGGCAAAGUCGGCUUAUUUACUGAAGCUGAACCUAUCGCCGGCGGAGGAACGGGAGCUGAAGCGAUUAGCCAAACUGCUCGGCGUUACCGAUUUCGAGCACCUGCCACCGUUCGAAGAUGUCAUGGCGCUGCUGGGCACAUCGACGUCCAGCGAAACAAUCAAAGCGAUCAAAGAGUACGCCUCGACUCCGGACGGGCUGGAGCUCAUCAAAGAUUAUGUGAUGAGUUAUCAGCCGGCCAAGCGCGUUAGCCUCGGGAAGGAACCGUACGACGGCAACAACGAGGUCGUCCCGGGUACGGCCGAUUCAUCCGCUCCGUCAGAAGCUGGGGCCUCGUCCGUGGGCAGCGGGUUUUUCGCUCACUUGCGUCGUUUGAAAUCUUUGCUUACAUUCGGCUACUUUGAUGCAAAGGAUGAAACGCCCGCAGAAACGCCGCUGGACGUCGUAACACCUGAAGUCCCCGUUGAGGCACCGUUCACACCGAACGAGUUUCCUGGGUUUGAAAUUCGAGACGGGUCCUCACGGCCACUUCCGGUAGCUCAUUACAUCAUACCGGUACGAACCCUGCCACGCCAUGUAUCGCCGGCCGAGUUCAAAUAUGCUUCGGCCUUACCGUUUCCCUACGCCGUCCACUAUCCUUCCGUACCCGUACCACAGCUGCAGGAUUCGAAUCCAUUCGCCUUGCGCCAGGAACCGGAUGGCUUUCAAUUGAUCGGGGCAAGCGAUACAACGGUGCCCAAGGAAUCGGUACCGUCGGAUGUCACACUUCCUAAACGUAUCGCACCUCCGUCGUUGGCGACCGGUGAGGUGCAUUCGUUUGAGCGAGCGGAUCUCGAACAACCGGUACGCACUACCACGCCGGCAGGCCAGCAUGAGCUGACCCUGAGCACGGUUACUAGCACCAUCGUAGCGGAUCACAACGAUGCACCGAUCCUGACCGAGGGUGUUGCUGAGCUCGCGAACGAUACAACCGAUUUCAUCCUGAACGUGCUUGAUACUGAGCAUACGACGUAGAAACGGCACCCCCGGGUAAGCCGGCUGGCCAAUCUGGUCAACAAAGGAUGCAAAUAGUUGCCUCUGAUUGAACUUUCGGCAGUCGUCUUGCAGUCGGGUGUUUGCGUUUAAAUCGAAUUGUUAAUAUUGGCAGCAGAGGCUAGCUGUGUGAGGUUUAAAGGUAAACAUUUUAAGCGAAUCGUAAGAGAUCUUUCUUUAAUAAAGUUAAUAUUUAAAUAAACCAACCGAAA